AUGAGUGAGAACGAUGAAAGUCGUCGCAGUGGUGCCAAGCGGCAUGGUGAGAUUCGAAAUCCACAAGUCCAGCAGCUUUUACAGCGAAUUUACGAACCGAAUCUCAGACCUGCUUCAUUCACAGAUGACAAACGUUCAAGGAAUCUCAUGUCUUUUGAUAGUCGAUCAGUUAAAACGCAGGAGAUAGCGUUAAAGCCUAAGUUCCAAACGCGCACAAAGGUAGCGGCGAAUUUGAACAAUGCACCAACAAAAGCUGCGGGAUUGCAACGAUCUUUUGUCGCACACGAUCGUAAUUCGAAACCACCCUCAAUAAGUAUGAUGAAUUUACCUGUGAUGCAUCCGAGUCUUUCUAAUGCAGUUGAAAGGAUUCGAAAUCUUCAUGAUCAACAGCAUAUUUCGAGCUCAAGUUCAGUGGUGUUUUCUCAUUCAAAUGCUGAUGAUACAGAACAUGAGAGCAAUCAGAAAAAUGAUGAGAUAGGGUCGUACAAGGUAUUGUCUUCUGCUUCUAAAGUGGUUCAGCGCAAAGCUUUUACUGCAACUCUUUCCUUUACUUCGUCUUUGAAUCUCAAUGCACACCAUGUACAAGAACUCAAAGCUGGAAAUUUCUUGUACUUACGCAAAAAGAGAGAUACUGAUAUAAUCAUGUACGCACUUGAAGUAGUCGAGCACUUUGAAGUCAAUCGAUUAGAUUAUUAUACCAUGAGUCUUCGAGGUGUCACUCACUUUACAGCAGAUCAUUCCGAGUUCUGGACACUAGACAAAUGGGAGAUGGAAUAUUCGCGCUUGAUGAAAUUAUUGACGAUCCCAUUCUUUCAAAAGUAUAAAAUGUGGAAACACUAUAGUCUGUGGAAAACUUCGGUUCGCAUGCACAAGAUGUGCAAUGCAAAAAAAGCUUUAAACAAGCAUUUAUUUCUUCUAGCGCCAAGUCUUCAAUCAACCCUUUUAAAGUUACGCACACUUUGUCUUGACAUCACCAAGUUAGACUUAAUUCACUUUAGCCCCCAAACGACUUACUCAUUACAACACUUUGAACUAGAACAGGAAAGAAUUCGUGCACAAGUCGCGCAUCAACUCGCUGACUUUUCAACCAAGUCCCUACAUUUGUGUGUCAAAGCAUGUGACGAUGUCAUUGAUACUUUCUUAGCCGCGAACAAAAUUUCAGCAGACCACAAAAUGACUUUUAUGGAGCGAGCUGCACUACGAAAACAAUGUCGAUUCUUAACCAAUUUUCUUCGAUUAGUUGACUUUUUUACCAUUGACGCUACCAUUCAACUCACAGUGUCUUCAUUUCAGAAACUUUACACGAUACUAACUGCUGGAAAAGCUCAAGAUUCAACUACAUAUGAGACUCCUGCUCAUCAAGUAAAACCGACAGGACAAGAGGCCAAUGCAAAUAAAACCGUUCAAGAUCAUGUCUUCACUGCAAUCUUUGCGGUCGCUGUUGAGAUUGAAGAGACUACGUUGAAUUUAAAUGCUAUUCCAAAUCAUGAUGCAUGGAAUGGAGCACUUCAAUGUGCACUAAAAGAAGCUUUGAGCUUGGUCGAGACGCCAGCACGACAUCUUGGACAUGAAUUACUUGCACCAUACACUACUGCUAGUGCCGAAGAUGAAGGCAAAGAUGUGUGGUCAGUAGAGAAAUUAAAUGUUGCACUAAUUCUGAACGAAGACGUUAGUUUUAGCACUCUUACAAAUGAUAUCUUUAAUGCGUUGGAUGAAGCAUUUGAAGCAGUAGAAGACUAUUUGGACGUCUUUACUCCAUAUCACAAUAUUUACACCGAGAAUGAACACCACGUGACACAAUUCAUGGACAUGUACGCUCAUGCACCUAUUGAAGUGUUUGCCGACUUAGUCGAGAAAUACAAAACCCAGGGUCAAUUGUUUACGGAAAUUCCAGAAGUUGCAACGAUCGGGGUCAUUCAAGUGGAUUCGGCCGAGUUUAAAGCUCGUUUGCUACCCACUCCAUCAAAAUGCAUUCUUGAAAUUCGAACGCUGAUCCCUCAACUCAUGAAACUCGCGAGUUCCGAGCUGCUUCGAACACUUGACGACGUAUCUCCUGUUGCAUUUGCCUCACCAUCGACACCAGAUGCGUUUGUGAAGAAAGUCAUGCAUAUGACAAAAGUGAAUACUAUGUUAACAGACUUGAAAAAUCGAUAUCGUCGUGUGUACGACAUGGGCGUUCUCAUGGAUAAUUAUGACUGGCGUGUUCCAGAUGAGAUUAAAGAGGAUAUUAUUCUGAUGAAAGAAGGUGUGUUGAGUUUAGAAGGCACACUCACACGUUUUGAAAGCGAGAUUGAUGCUGAGACGACACGUUUUUCACAAGUGAUUCUUGAGAGUAUCGCACCAUUGAAUCGAAAUGCAAGUGUGCUCUUAGAAACAUUGCACCACCCGAAAUUGUCGACAGUCAAGACAUCAAUACGUGAUGCAUUGACUUUUCUAAACGCUCAGAAAGAUGCACUUGAUAAACUUGCAGAAGAAGCAAAAAUGCUCACAAUGUUUCAAAUGCAAUUAAGACAACAAAAACUCUGGAGCAGUUUAGAAACGUGGCAAAAGCUUGCGACCGAAAACUCAGACACGGUGUUUGACGAUAUUGAUGUAGCAGCGAUUCAAACACAAGUGCAAGUAUACUCGAAAGUAGCGUAUCAAGCUCAGAAACAACUUCCUGGAAACGAGGUGGCUGAUCUCUUACAUCAAGAAGUUGGGAAUUUUAAACUUGUUUUGCCAGUCGUGACGGAUUUGCGUUCGUCAUCGCUUAAAGAUCGCCAUUGGAAACAGAUUCAUGCUGCAUUAGGCUUCCAGAUGAAAGGAGAGAAGAGUAUUACGCUGGGUAGCUUAAUUGAACACAAUGUCAUGAAGCAUGGUGAAGUGAUCAGCGCUGUAGCGAUUGCUGCACAGCAAGAAGGUGUUCUUGAAGAAAUGCUGAAGAAAGUCAUUGGUGUAUGGGCUACGACGGAGUUUGAAGUUAAAUUGUAUAAGGAAACCAAGGAUGUCUUUAUUCUUGGAAGUGUCGAGGAGGUCAUAGCCAAAUUGGAUGAUUCGAUUGUCACAAUCAGUACAAUAAUGGGCUCACGAUUUGUGAGUGCGAUUCAAGGAGAGGUUGAAGCUUGGCGAAAGAAACUCGUUGCGUUGCAAGAAACGCUUGACGAAUGGCUUCUUGUGCAAAAGAAUUGGAUGUAUCUAGAGAAUAUCUUUUCAGCACCAGAUAUCCAACGUCAAUUACCGGACGCGUCCAAGAUUUUUAGUCACGUAGAUGCUUCUUGGAAAGCAAUAAUGCGACGAACACACGACACUUCUAAUGUAUUGAUAGCCGGGACUAUCCCCGGCAUUAAAGAAAUGUUACAGCAGCACAAUGCUCAUCUCGAUAAAAUUCAAAAAAAUCUAGAAGAUUAUCUCGAGACAAAACGAAUGGCGUUUCCACGCUUUUACUUUCUAUCAAACGAUGAAUUGCUUGAAAUUUUGGCUCAAUCUAAGAAUCCACAAGCUGUACAACCACAUCUUCGAAAAUGCUUCGAGAAUCUCGUUAAACUGGAUUUCGGAGACGUUCCGGGUAGUGUUGAUAUGAUUGCGAUGUUUUCGUCGGAGAAUGAGCGCGUUCCAUUAGGAAAAAAUCUUAAAGCACGUGGAAAUGUCGAAGAUUGGCUCAAAGCUCUUGAAGUGAGUAUGAAACAAUCAAUUUACAAGCUUAUGAAGGCUGGAUUAGUCGAUUAUGAUACAAAGCAGCGCUCUAUGUGGGUCUGUGACCAUCCUGGCCAAGUUGUCGCUACAGUGGUUCAAAUGAUGUGGGCUCGUAGUACUGAAGAAGCUUUAAACAGUCAGAACCCAGUGGAGCAAUUGCACGUUUGGUUUCAACGCAACUUGUACGAAUUAAAUGAAUUGAUUGUGAAAAUUCGUGGAAAUCUCAAACCAUUAGAACGCAAAGUUAUUGUCGCUUUGGUGACUACUGAUGUACAUGCUCGAGAUAUGAUCGAACAUUUGUGGAAAGCUCAAGUCGAUUCCGUGAGCAAUUUUAUCUGGCAACAACAACUUCGAUAUUAUUGGGACGUUCAAGCAGACGAUGUGAUCAUUCGACACUCUGAUUCUGCUAUUCAAUAUGGUUACGAAUACAUGGGUGCAACGUCUCGCCUUGUGAUUACACCACUCACAGAUCGUUGCUGGAUGACACUUACAGGAGCGUAUGGCAUGAAAUUGGGUGCUGCUCCAGCGGGUCCCGCAGGUACAGGGAAAACUGAGAGUAGUAAAGAUUUAGCCAAAGCCAUGGCUAUUCAAUGUGUUGUUUUUAAUUGUAGUGAUCAAAUUGAUUAUAAAAUGAUGGGUAAACUCUUUCGUGGACUUGCACAAGCUGGAAAUUGGACGUGCUUAGAUGAAUUCAAUCGCAUUGAUAUUGAAGUUUUAUCCGUUGUAGCUCAGCAGCUUUUACUUUUACGGGAAGGUCGCCUUCAGAAGAAAGAACACAUGAAUUUUAUGGGAAUUGACAUUGGAUUAAAAGAUCAUCAUGUGAUUGUCACUAUGAAUCCAGGAUACGCUGGUCGAACGGAAUUACCGGAUAAUCUAAAAGUUUGUUUCCGACCAGUAUCCAUGAUGGUACCAGACUAUGCUCUUAUUGCUGAGAUUAUGCUCUUUGCUGAAGGAUUUAGUGACGCACGUGCUUUGUCUCGAAAAAUGUGUAAGCUUUAUAUACUCUGCAGCGAACAAUUGUCGCAACAGCCUCACUAUGAUUAUGGCCUUCGUGCUGUCAAGUCGGUGCUUGUGAUGGCGGGAGCUUUAAAACGUGCGAAUCCAACUGUGAUUGAAGACAUUACGUUGAUUCGUGCUCUUCGAGAGAGUAAUAUUCCAAAGUUUUUAGCUGAAGAUCUUCCAUUGUUCCAUGCUAUUGUAUUGGAUUUAUUUCCAGGAACCAUGAUACCUCAAAACGAGUCAAGUGAAUUUCAAGCGUGUUUAGAAGAAGAAAUAAUUAAAGCAGGAUUUCAACAAGUGCCUGCAUACAUGACGAAAGUUGUUCAACUCUUUGAUAUUUUAAAUGUUCGCUUUGGAGGAACAAUUGUUGGUCCAACUGGAGCAGGCAAGACAUCGUGUUAUCGGAUGCUUCAAUCCACUAUGACGUCGUUACGUGCGAAAGGCUCGAUGAAUCCAAUUUACCAGACUGUACAUGCUCGAGUUUUAAAUCCAAAAUGCAUUUCAAUGGGUGAACUCUAUGGUGAGUUCCAUGAAGCAACUCAAGAGUGGCACGAUGGAUUAGCAUCAAGUAUUAUGCGUGAAGCCGUGGCAGAUGAUUCUAAUGAUGUGAAAUGGACAGUAUUUGAUGGACCUAUUGACGCUCUUUGGAUUGAAAAUAUGAAUACAGUGCUUGAUGAUAAUAUGACACUAUGUCUUGCAAAUGGAGAACGAAUCAAACUUCGAAACGAAAUGAAUAUGUUGUUUGAAGUCAUGGAUCUUGCAGCUGCAUCUCCUGCUACCGUCAGUCGCAUUGGAGUUGUCUAUAUUACAGAUACGGAUCUCAAUUGGAUGCCAUUUGUCAAGACGUGGAUGGAAAAUGAACUUGCCAUGGAUUUCCCAUCGACAGGUCGUGCUCGUCUUCAAUUUCUUCUUGAUCAAUGUCUUGAAAAAACUAUCCACUUCACUCGACACCAAACCGUGGAACUUGUUCCGACAGUUGAUAUAAAUCUUGCUACUAGUUUCUGUCGUCUCUUUGCGUGUUUAUUCCAUCCUGAUAAUGGAAUCGAGUACGUCACGCUCGAUACAGAAACUAUGCUUGAGUUGUUGGACAAGAUCUUUGCCUUCUCUAUCAUUUGGUCCAUUGGUGCUACGAUGCCUGUAGAUUCACAUUCACGCUUUGAUGCUUUUACACGUGAUUUAAUGACUGAAGUGAAAAUUAAACUCCCAGCGACGGGACUUGUCUUUGACUACUUUGUCGAUGUCAAAGGAGCUCAAUUUCGUGCUUGGAGUGACGUCGUCCCCAAGUUUGUCUACAACCAACACGUGCCGUACUUUCAAAUGAUCGUUGCAACGUCAGAAUCGAUUCGAUUUACCUCAUUAUUGCGUGUAUUGACAAGUGCUAAGCGGCCUACUUACAUCACAGGUAUCACUGGAACCGGUAAGACGGUGCUUAUUCAAGAUUUAUUACGCGAAUUAACGUCAUCUGCAACAAAUGCAAACGGAGAUGAAAGCGUUGCUUCAACAACAUCGAAGGUAAUGAAUCUUUGUAUUAAUUUCUCAGCUCAAACCUCAAGUCUUAUGACACAAUUAACGAUCGAAAAUAAACUUGAGAAAAAACGCCGAAAUCUCUUGGGUCCUGUUGCUGGAACGCGAAUGGUUCUUUUUGUCGAUGAUGUGAAUCUUCCAGCUGUUGAGGAAUACGGAGCGCAAGGUCCGAUUGAAUUACUGCGUCAAUUUCUUGAUUUUCAAGGAUUUUAUGAUCGAGAUAAACUCUUUUGGAAAGACAUUACCGACACAAUGUUACUAACUGCAGCAGCUCCAGCUGGAGGUGGUCGAUCGCAGUGUACCCCACGAUUUGUCCGUCAUUUCCACGUUUUGAGCAUGUAUCCUGCAGGCGAAGCGGCUUUAAAACUUAUUUUCUCUUCAAUUCUUGGAGGAUUCCUCACUUCAUUCGCUCCAUCGAUUCAAUUAAUGAAAGACAGUGUGAUUGCCAGUAUUAUUGACACUUAUAAUCAAGUGACGUUGCAUCUGUUGCCAACACCGGAUAAAUUUCACUAUACGUUUAAUCUGCGCGAUAUAUCAAAGGUAUUUCAAGGAAUUCUAAUGAUUUCACCUUCGAAAUGUACAGAUGUUGAGAGCAUGAACCGUUUGUGGAUUCAUGAAGCUUCGCGAGUGUUUCAAGAUCGAUUGAUCAAUACAACGGAUCACGCAUGGUUUGAAGAGCUUGUGUGUUCGUUACUGCGACGUCAUUUUAAUUGCAAUUGGACUCGUGAGUCACUCUUUCACUCAUCUUGUCCUUUAUUGUUUGGAGAUUUCAUGCAAGAAGGCGUUCCUACGCCAUUGUACGAACACUGCAAUGAUCUUGGAAAAGUGACGAAAAGUCUGGACAAUUACUUGGAAAGCUACAAUUUGACGUUUGCAAAUAAAAUGAAUCUCGUGUUCUUUCGUGAUGCGAUCGCACACUUGUCGCGACUUGUACGAAUUCUUCGUCAACCUCGAGGUAAUGCAAUGCUAAUUGGUGUUGGUGGUAGUGGAAAACAAUCGCUAGCACGUCUUGGUGCGUUUAUUCUUGAUGCAAAGUGCGUACAGGUUGAAAUCACACGUGGGUAUAGUACGAAUGAAUUUCAUGAAGACUUGAAAAAAGUUAUGAUCUCGGCUGGUGUGGAUGGCCAGUCGACUGUCUUUCUCUUUACUGAUAGUCAGAUUGUUCAUGAAAGUUUUGUCGAAGAUAUCAAUAAUAUCUUAAAUAGCGGUGAAGUUCCGAAUCUGUUUGCUUCGGAUGAAAUGGAUCGCAUAAUUGCAGACGUACGUCCGAUUGUCAAAAUUCUUGCAAUUCCCGAAACACGAGACAAUUGCAUCGCCGUCUUUAUUGAUCGUGUACGUACGUAUUUACACAUUGUAUUGGCCAUGUCACCUGUUGGUUCUGCAUUACGUGUGCGGUGUCGUGCGUUUCCAUCGCUUAUUAAUUGCUGUACGAUCGAUUGGUAUAUGAAUUGGCCACGAGAAGCAUUGCAGUCAGUAGCUGAUCGAUUAUUGACAAACGUGUCAUUACCUUCUGAUGAGAUUCGAAAAGCUCUUGUCAAUAUGUGCUCGAUAGUCCACACAACCUCAAAUGACUUCAGUCUCGAAUUCGCAAGUCAAUUACAACGUUACGUCUACACGACCCCGAAAAGUUAUCUCGAUCUGAUUAAUUUGUAUCUUAAAAUGCUGCAUGAGAAGCGUACAGGACUACAGAUUCUAAGACAUCGAAUGGAAGUGGGGGUUCAGAAACUUGACGAUACCAAUAAUAUUGUCGAUGCGCUCAAAUCUGAAUUAAUUGCUCUUCAGCCAGUUCUUACAAUUAAAGCUAAAGAAGCAGAAGAAUUGCUUCAACGUGUGUCGAUAGACCAAAAAGCUGCCGCAAUUGUACGUGAACGCGUAGCUCUUGACGAAGCUUUGGUGACCCAACAAGCAGAGCAAGUGGCUAUUGUCCAAGCUGAUGCACAAAAAGAUCUGGACGUGGCGAUGCCAGCUUUGACAAACUCAAUUAAAGCGCUUGAUAGUUUGUCCAAGAAUGACAUAACUGAAGUUAAGUCCUUUGCAAAGCCUCCUGAAGCUGUUGAGACGGUCAUGAACGCUGUGUGUUUACUCUUUAAUGAAAAACAAAAUUGGGAUUCGGCGAAAAAGAUCUUAAGCGAUGUUGCAUUUCUCGACAAACUUCGAAAUUUUGACAAGGACAACAUAUCGUCUGCUACGCUCAAGAAACUAAGUAAAGCUGUGUCGGAACCAGGAAUGGCCGUUGAAAUUGUAUCAAAAGUCUCUAAAGCUGCUACGUCUCUUUGUCUCUGGGUACAUGCUAUGGACGUGUAUUCCAAAGUCGCCAAGGAUGUAGGUCCCAAGAAGGAGAAACUGGAGCAAAUGAAUCAAAAAUUAGCUCAAGCGAAUGAAAUAUUGAGUCAAAAACAAGCGGAACUUCGAAUUGUGAACGAGAAUGUGGCUAGAUUGGAACAGCAAUGCAAAGAAACAUUGGAUGAAAAGGAUUUGCUUGCAAAAGACGCUUUUGUGACGGAAUCAAGACUUCUCAGAGCUGAGAAACUCAUUGCAGGCUUGUCAGUAGAAGGUACACGUUGGAAAGAGAGCGUAUCGGUCUUAAAUGACUCAAUCUUGGCAUUGAUUGGUGAUACAUUCCUUGCGGCGGCAUGCAUUUCGUACUUUGGCCCAUUCACAGGGGAAUUUCGGCUUCGCAUUGUGGCCCAAUGGAUCGCUCAAACACAAGAUUUGAGCAUUCCUUUUUCAUCAGGAUAUCAAUUGUCAACGAUACUUGGAAGUCCGGUGGAAAUUCGUGAGUGGCAAGUAAAUGGUUUACCAAGUGACUUGACGUCGACAGAUAAUGCCAUUCUUGUGACGAGAGGCGAACGUUGGCCAUUAAUGAUUGAUCCACAAGGUCAAGCGAACAAAUGGCUCAAAAAAAUGUAUUCUACGACAUUAGAAGUAACGAAAAUGACCAAUUUAAACUUGUUACGAGUUUUAGAGACGUGUAUUCGAAAUGGAAAGACACUUUUAAUUGAAGAUAUUGACGAGACGUUAGAACCGUCGUUAGAGCCAAUAUUACAAAAAGCGUUUUAUCAACUAGGAGGACGAAACCUCAUUCGUUUAGGCGACUCGGACGUGGACUAUGAUCCUGCUUUUAAAUUGUAUUUUACAACGAAAUUGCCCAAUCCACACUAUCUCCCUGAAGUCUUUAUUAAAGUGACUGUUAUUAACUUUACAGUGACCAUGGAUGGAUUGGAAAAUCAACUUCUUGGAGACGUUGUACGUCACGAGCGACCAGAAAUUGAAGAAAAAAAGAAUCGACUUGUUUUGACGAUGGCACAGGAUCGAAAAGAAUUAAAAGAAAUUGAAGAUCAAAUUCUCAAACAGCUUUCAGAAUCAACAGGCAACGUUUUAGAUGAUCAAAAUCUAAUUGAUACCCUUCAAUCGUCCAAUGUCACAUCUCGUACCAUUAAAGAGCGCGUACUUGAAUCUGAAGCUACUGAACUCGAGAUUAAUCGCGCGCGGGAAGAAUAUCGUCGUGUGGCUACACGUGGGUCCAUUCUUUACUUUGUCGUGGCAAAUCUCGCUCUCAUUGAUCCAAUGUAUCAAUACUCCCUUCCGUUUUUUCAACGAUUGUUUAACGUUUGCUUUCACAAAGCUUUAAAAACUGAUUCUCUGCACAAACGGCUUCAAAGCCUAGUAGAUUUCCAAACUCGGCACAUCUAUGUCAAUAUCUGCCGUGGUCUCUUUGAGGUUCAUAAAGUCAUUUUUGCAAUGCUAAUUUGCUGCAAGAUUCUCCUUCAUUCCGGCAAAAUUUCGAAGCAUGAAUGGCAUUUAUAUCUUCGUGGCGCUUCGCUAGGACCUGAUCGCUCGAAACAGUUGAUAAACCCACAUCCUGCAAGCAUAACUGAAGCACAAUGGGCUUUACUAUCGGAACUUGAGACUCUUGAGACUUGCUCGAUUGAGAAAUCACAAGAUUCGAAAAUAAAUCCCUUUCAAGGUAUUUGUACUUCGUUAACAAAUGUUUGGCCGGACUGGCAAAAAUGGCUUCAAGAACCUGAUUUUCUUGAAAACACAAGCGCAUGUCCUGGUGAUUAUGGCACGCAAUUGAGUGCGUUUCAAAAGGUGCUGCUUUUACGAGGUUUAGCUGAAGAAAAGGUGCCACAAGCUGUGCUACAUUUGAUUGCCACUGCAAUGGGUCCAGAUUUUGGACGGAAUGCAUCGAUUUCAAUGGAGGAGAUUUACAAUGACACUGAUCGAAAGACACCAUGUAUCUUUGUAUUAUCAGCUGGUGCUGAUCCAACUGGGAUGCUACUUCGUUUUGCAAAAGAACUGACGUUUCUUGAUCGUUUACAUCUCAUUUCACUUGGUCAAGGACAAGGUCCACGUGCUGAAAAGCUGAUUGAAAGUAGCCAACAGGCUGGAGAUUGGGUCUUACUUCAAAAUUGUCAUCUUGCAAAGUCGUGGAUGCCAAUGUUAGAGACAUUGGUCAACGAUAUGGCUCAACGUACGGAUGAACAGUGUCAAUCGACCUUUCGUCUCUUUUUAACAAGUUUUCCAGCAGCGUAUUUUCCUGUCACCAUUCUUCAAAAUGGUAUUAAACUUACGAAUGAACCACCAAAAGGGAUUCGAGCUAAUCUACGUCGUUCAUUUACGACCAUUGUGUCAGAACAAGUACUUGAAAGGUUUCAGGAAUCGGAUCACUUUGAAACAGGCGAGAAGAAAGCACAUGUUUGGAAAUCGCUCGUAUGUGCACUGACAUUUUUCCAUGCCAUUGUACAAGAAAGACGUAAAUUUGGUGCAUUGGGUUGGAAUAUCAAGUAUGAAUUUAACGAAACGGACUUGGAGACAUCGUUAACUAGUUUAUAUCAGUUUCUCGAUGAACAACCACGAAUUCCAUGGGAUGCUUUGUGCUAUGUGACGGGUCAAAUUAAUUAUGGAGGACGAGUGACAGAUGAUUGGGAUCGACGCUGUUUAAUGAGUAUCCUGAGUCACUUUUACACACCAAAUGUGCUCGAAGUAGGUCAUGCAUACUCGACAUCAAAAGUGUAUCAUGUACCAAUGGAACUCUCACAUGGAGCAAUUCAAUCGUAUCUUGAUACACUUCCUUCUUUUGAUAAUCCAGACAUUUUUGGAAUGCACAAUAAUGCUAAUGUCACGUACGAACGUCAUGAAAGUACGACCAUGCUGCAAUUAAUUCUCAGUCUUGAGCCACGAGAUCAUGGUACUGGAGGUACAAUCUCAAAUGAUCAACGUGUGCUGGAUCUUGCUCUUUCAAUUGAAGAAAAAAUACCAUUAGAUCUCGAACUUCAAGAUGCUGGACCAACAACUUUCAAAACUCGAAAAGUUUCCGAAACAAUUGUUAUGGAUUCAUUAGCUACUGCUCUUGGACAAGAAAUCAUAAAAUUUAAUACUCUAUUACAUCGUUUACGCACAUCUUUGCAAGAUAUUCAAAAAGCAAUUAAUGGACUCAUUGUCAUGUCUUCUGACUUGGAUCAUAUGUAUAUGGCAUUUCUAGCUAAUCGAGUGCCACAGAUUUGGAUGUCACUUAGUUUUGCGUCGUUAAAACCAUUAGCAUCCUGGGUACACGACUUACUUGAUCGUGUAACCUUUUUUCGUCACUGGCUUAAACAUGGUGAACCCAUUAUCUUUCGACUAAAUGUCUUUUUCUUCCCUCAAGGUUUCCUAACCGGCACUCUUCAGAAUUAUGCACGCAAGUAUCAAACUGCAAUUGACUCACUUGCAUUUACAUUUACAGUCUUAGAUAUAAAGAAUGUUCAAGAAUUAAAUCAAAGUCCGACGGAUGGUGUUUACAUUGAUGGACUUUGGUUACAAGGUGCCAAGUGGUCGACUACUCAUGGUCUGCUAGAAGAUGCAAUACCUGGUGAAAUGUUUGCACCCAUGUCUAUCGUACACUUUUUGCCAACUACUUCCACAAGUACUGAGAAAUCCAUGUAUGCAUGCCCAGUUUACAAGACAUCAGUACGACAAGGGACAUUGUCGACAACAGGGAUAUCAACUAAUUACGUCAUUGCUGUCCACCUUCCGAGUCAUAAACCACCAGAUUAUUGGGUACGAAUGGGUGCAGCCUUCUUGCUGAAUCUUGAUGAUUAA